CUUGAGCUCAGCGCGCACGCAAGUGAAAUCCGCGCGGUCAGUUGUAAACGAAAAGAGUCGUAAGUUGGUCGUUGCUCGUCGUUCGUCACAAAUUGAUGCGAUAUAAACAUAAACGCAACGCUAACGCUAUACCAGACGCCAAAUCAACAAAAAAAGGAAUCAAACCUGAUCAACAGAUCUCAACUGCACGCGAAUCUAUCAAGGCGAUGACAUAAUGGAGCCAAUGACCAUGUUGGUGUUGGCCUUCCAGCUGCUGGCGCUCUUCUCGAUCGCCGGCGCGCUGCUCAUCUAUCUGAUAUGCAAGGUGCGUGAGGAGAGUCACGCGGAGAGUGCGGAGCAGCAGCCGGCGAGCCGCGUGGUGCUGGUGACCAGUGCGGACACGGCGCUGGGACUGCAGCUCUGCACCUAUUUGGCCAACAAGGGCUGCCGCGUCUUUGCGGGCAUGAAAGAGGCGCGCGACUCGCUGCCGGCCAAGCUGCUGUGCGGCUGGAUGAAGAUACGCGAGUAUAGCGAGGAGCCCAUCAGCGGCACCAUCAUACCCAUGCGCCUGGACGUCACACGCGAGGAUGUGCUAAGGGAGGCGACCAUUGCCAUGGGCGCCCAUCUGAAUGCCAAUGAGCGCGGCAUUGCGGCGGUGAUCAACACCAGCGGCAGCGUCUAUCGCGGCCGCGUCGAGUCCCAGGACGUGCAGCAGUGGGAGCAGAUGCUGAAGACCAACAUACUGGGCACAUUGCGCGUGGCCAAGGCGUUUGUGGGUCUGCUGCGUCCGACGCGUGGCCGCUUGCUAUACUUGGGCGGCAGCAGCGCUGGCGCCAGCAUGGGCGGCGAUGGCCUCGUCGCGUUCAAUGCCUCGCGUGUCGCUGUGGAGAAGUGCGCCGAGGAGCUGCGCAAGGAGCUGCAGCCGUAUGGCGUCAGCAUUGUCGCCUUGGACACUUGUGGCAUGACCGCUGAAUCGCUAUACAAGGCACCAGUUGCGCAGACCAUAUCCCAGUGCCCGGGCGCACCCACGCAAUAUACGGCGGAUGUGCUCAGCGCCAGCGCCCUGCAGGUUAUCGAGCGCGCUCUCUGGGAUUAUACGCCGCAGCAGCGCUACACGCUGCUCUCCGCCAACAAAUAUCAAUUCACGUUGCCAUGCCGCUCCUCACUGCGUCUACAUCGCCCCACCAAUCACGUCGCUGCCGGCAAGACGCAGUCUGUCUAAAUUCGAUUCUCUCUCUCUCUCUUUGUUUUUAACUUUGUAUUCGUCUUGGCUUGUUUUUAUUGCCGCCCCCUCCCCACGCUAACCCACAACACACACACAACCUGUACAUAUGCCUGCCUGCCCUGCCCCAUCCCUCACCCUCACUUCACCUCACCAACGCUCCCCCCUUCAGCAUCCAACCCUUUAUAAUGUUCGGCAUUCUUGAUUAUUAUUAUUAUUAUUAAUAUUAAUAACUUUUUUUUGAUAUGCAUAUAUACUUUUUAUAAAAAAAAAAAAAACAAACAACAAAAGAAGUUUGCAAAAAUUAUUGCUGCAUUCGAUUUGUAGACACACCCCUGGUUCGGCUCAGAUGCAAUAAUUGCAUCUGAAUAUAAAUAUACAUAUAUACUAUGUAAUACAUUAUGUUACGAUUUAUAUAAAAUGCAUGU